CGCGGCCCCGAAGCAGCUGCCAUGGCGGAAGCGGUCUGGAGCACGGACACCGGCGAGGCCGUAUAUCGCUCCCGGGACCCCGUGCGCAACCUGCGCCUCCGAGUUCAUCUGCAAAGAGUCACACCAAGCAACUUCCUUCAUUACCAGCCUGCUGCUCAGAUGGGGAAGGACCUCAUAGACUUGGCCACUUUUAGGCCUCCUCAAGUUGCUAGUGGACACCGCCCUGAUGAGGAAGAGGAGGAAGAGGCUGUGAUUGGGUGGCAGGAGAAGCUCUUCAGCCAGUUUGAAGUAGAUCUGUACCAAAAUGAAUCUGCGUGUCAGAGUCCAUUGGAUCAUCAGUACCGCCAAGAGAUCCUGAAGCUGGAGAAUUCGGGCGGCAGGAAAAACCGGAGGAUCUUCACCUACACUGACUCUGAUAGAUACACCGACUUGGAAGAGUACUGUCAGAAAAUAACCUCUGCGGCCAGCGAGACGCCAUCGUUUCUGGUUGAGCGGAUGGCCAAUGUCAGGCGGCGCCGCCAGGACAGGCGAGGGAUGGAGGGUAGCAAACUCAAGUCUCGCAUCAUCACCUGGGAGCCCUCAGAAGACUUCAUCAGGAACAACCAUGCCAUUAACACACCUCUUCAGACCAUGUACAUUAUGGCAGACCUGGGACCCUAUGGAAAGCUUGGUUAUAAGACGUAUGAGCAUGUCCUCUGCAUUCUGAAGGUGGACAGCAAUGGCGUGAUCACGGUGAAGCCCGACUUCACUGGCAUCAAAGGACCCUACAGAAUCGAGACUGAAGGAGAGAAGCAGGAACAUACUUCUGCUUGGAAAUACACAAUCGACAACGUGUCCUCCCUCGCCCAGCCAGAGGAGGAGGAGCGGGAACAGCGUGUGUUCAAGGACCUUUAUGGCCGCCACAAGGAGUACCUCAGCAGCCUCGUGGGCACAGACUUUGAGAUGACCGCCCCGGGUGCCCUCCGGCUCUUCGUAAAUGGAGAGGUAGUUUCAGCCCAAGGCUAUGAGUAUGACAACCUCUACAUCCACUUCUUCGUGGAGCUGCCAGAGUCUAACUGGUCAAGCCCAUCCUUCCCGCAGUUCUCAGGAGUAACCCAGACCUGUGCCACCAAAUCCGUGGGAAUGGACAAGGUGGCCUAUUUCUCCUACCCGUUCACAUUCGAAGCCUUCUUUCUCCACGAGGAUGAAUCGGCUGAUGCCCUCCCGGAGUGGCCCGUGCUCUACUGUAAGGUCCUGUCACUGGACUUCUGGCAGAGGUACCGUGUGGAAGGCUAUGGGGCUGUGGUGCUGCCUGCCACCCCAGGCUCACACACCCUGACCGUCUCCACGUGGAGGCCCAUGGAGCUGGGCCUUGUGGCAGAGCUAAGGAGGUUCUUCAUUGGCGGCUCCCUGGAGCUGGAGGACCCCUCCUACGUGAGGAUACCGGGAACCUUCAAGGGGGAGCGUCUGAGCCGCUUUGGAUUCCGCACUGAGACCACGGGUUCUGUCACCUUCCGCUUGCACUGCCUGCAGCAGUCCAGGGCUUUCAUGGAAUCGAGCUCCCUCCGGAAACAGAUGCGGAGCGUGUUGGACCGCCUGGAAGGGUUCAGCCAGCAGAGUUCCACGCACAGUGUGCUAGAAGCCUUCCGUCGAGCCCGGCGCCGCAUGCAGGAGGCCCGGGAGAGCCUCCCCCAGGACCUUGUGAGCCCCUCAGGAACACUGGCCUAGCUCUGUGCCGCCCUGGCCUGUGGAGCAGGAGACAAGGUGAAGGAUGUCUAUCCAGUGCUCUCUCACUUCGUCUUGCUUUUUAGAGACCACAUUGGUCUACCAAACUGGAUGUUCUAGAAAUUUCCAGCUGGCUCCUCUGCGUAGCCUUCACAGGACUUUCUUUCUUCCCUGUGGAAGUAAAGCCAGACACUCUGGGGCCCCAUGUGACCCCCUCUUCAUGUUUUGGCUACCAAACAUGAGCAUCAUAACAAGGCAGACUGUGUAGUCGAGACUUGCGUGGGGGUGAGCCCAGCAGUAGCCAGUCCUCAGCAGCGUCUUUUCUGGUUUAUCACGUAGUCUCCGUGGCAGAAGGCUGUCGCUGUAGGAAACUCCUGUUUCACAGCCCUGAAAAAUGGAGUUUGGCGGCCAGAAGUGGUGGUGCACGCCUUUGAUCCCAGUCCUUGGGAGGCAGAGGCAGGUGGAUCUCUGUGAGUUCAAGGCCAGCCUGGUCUAUAUAGUGAGCUCCAGGACAGUCAGAGUGGCAUAGUGAGACCCUGUCUCAAAAAAACAAACAACAGCAAGAUGGAGUUUGGCAUCAUCCAAGGAGGAAGAUGCGUGAGAGAGCUCAGUCUCUCCCUUCUUCCAAGGAAAGUGGAGGUCAAGAGGCCUCGGCUUCCUGACUGCGGCUCCGUUUCCCUCUCUCCGGCAGCUCCAUCCUACAGCGUAGGGC